AUUCACCAUCUGUGGGCAGUUACAGCGUGUGGAAGACAAGACUAUCAGAUCAGUUCUACACACUGACUGAUGACGAGGUGUUAGUAUUAUUCUGUUUUCUGUGUUCUGACUCCGGUCCUCCUGACUUCACUGACACAGAGUGGCUGAACAGGCUUAAUAAGAUAAGACAGUUAGCGUUCCGUAUAGAAUAUAAUCCUGUAACACAUAAGGAAGCACAGCAGACUCUGGACAGACUGAAGUCACGUGAUAACCUCUGGGAAGAUCAUGGCAAGAUAACGAAGGACACAAAGGAUGAGACAAUGUAUAGGAUAGCAUCAAUAGAAGAAUAUAUUCCAUUCCAUUACAGUAGUUAUGACACAGCCAGUGUGUACCUGAGAUCACGGACAUACAACAGAAAACCUGAAGAGAAGUGUGUCGUUCACAACGCUGUUAGCUUGCGUAGUACCGGUGGUGGUUAUGAUGACUUACUGAUACUCCGUCUACAGAUGAAUAUAUUGACUCACGUUACCAUGGGCACUAGUAUAAACAUGCGUGAUAGGAUAUACCAGAUAUUGAAUAUUUCAGUUCCAAUCCAAAUGGAAAGUAAAGACAAAAGAACAAUUUUUUUAAUGGAUCUAAGAAGAGGAGGGGAGGCUGUAUAUUACAGAGGAAGAUCAUGUGACAGUGUAGAUCAUGUGACGUGGCUCUGGAGACACGAUUAUAGAGCGAGACCUGACAUCGUGAGAUCCUGUAUAAGUCUACAUCCACACAACGAUAUCUACAUCAUCGACAACAAAGCUUACAGAAAACCUAGUAAUUACCAUACCUAUCCACCGGAAGUCAGAUGUCUUCUGUACUGCUUACUGUUAACUGAGGAAUAUCAUGUGAAUCUCAAUGAACAAUCACACAGGAUCACAAGGGACAAAAUCAGAGAAAGAUAUUUCCCUGAUAUUACUGAUGACGGCUUGGCAGAUAUUCCUGAUGGAAUCACAGAAACACAUGACGGUGUUAUAACGUUUAUAUCAGACGAUAUCCGUCAUGACGUCAUGUCCGCUUUUGUGACAGAGUGUCUGGUGGAGGACAGUGAUCUGGAGUUUUUCCUGACCACGGCGUCACGUGACGUGAUAUCAGAAUACUGCCGGUCAUGGGAGUAUAUGAGGAGUGAGGGAGAGAAAUGUCUGUAUGUACCGGACAAUCCAGAGAAGAUGUGCAACCUCUUCAUAAACAAACUACAGCUGGACAUCAUCUCACACUGUACCAUGUCUGACAGGGGGAUUCAUAACAGUGUCAGUACACUUUUUGGAGUCCCAAAAGAAAUACUAAAAUGGGACCAGGAGGCCAGAGAGCGGUAUGUUGAGUACGCAAAGAGAGGAACACACACAGUCCACCACGCCCGGGGGAUGAUUGUAGGAUGUGCUGGGGCCGGAAAAACCACGCUACUUAAACGUCUGCUUGGUUGUAGUGAAGAAGAGAUUAAGAAAAUAAAAUCCACUGAGGGACUGGAAGUGCAUGAGGAAAUAUUUGUUUUAUGUGAUGAAACAAGAUCCUUAAAAGUGCUACAUGUUAUUUUAGAAACACAGACAUUGCGAAUCAACACUUUAGUGUAA